UUGAGCAGUGUGAUAUGUGAAUGACAUUAUGACCAAAAGUGGAAGGUGGCUGGCGAUGGUGGCGGUGGUGGUGAUCGUGGGGACGGUGCGGGGGUGGGACUGCGUUUGUAAUCCAAGGGAGUGCGAGGUGCUCGAACCGAGCGGAUGUCCGGGACUUGGAAUCGUAGUUUGGGAUUCGUGCAGAUGCUGUAAAGUAUGCGCAAGAACGUUAGGGGAGAAUUGUGGAGGUUUCAGUGGGACCUGCGAACCAGGGCUGAAAUGCUACGAAGGAUCGUGUACGCAGAUCACGUGAACAAAACGAGCGUGACCUAACUUGUAUUAUAUGUGUAUAGUGUUGAGUAGAUAUCAAAACAUAUCCCCAGAAUGUAGAAAGCAGAGGACCAGCCUAACACGUCGAGAUAUCAGCAUUGAACGACAAUAAUUAACUUGUGAAAUCCGUCGGUGAAACUGUAAUAUGCUGCAGACAGAUAAUUCUGAAUAAUCAAAUUCGUCACAGCCUACAA